CAGCGGCCGCAAACUCACUAAUGCACCUGCAGCCUCUCAGAGUUCCUGCUGCUUUAAACAUUAAAAUAAUUAUUUCAUUUUCUGUUCCUCACUUCUGAUUACCUUCAGUGGUGUUUGUUUGUUGCAACCAGGUACAAAAACAAACUUGUUUUUAUUUGACUAUUUUUUUGUCCUGCCUGUUUAUUAUCUUCCUGCAUCUCCUCUCAAUCCUAAAGAAAAACUGCUACCUGGGUUCAUUUAUAUUCACCUUAUGAGUUACCUUUGAACUGCAGUUCUAAGGUCUACCGACCGCAAAACAGCGGAGUGCCGCUGCUCGCCGGCCGACUACAACGGGACAGUUUUUGCUGUGGAGUUCGUGCUGGAGCGGAGCGCAGCGGAGAUAGUGGAAUUUUGGACCGCGGUGAUGCGCCUCGCUCCGCAGCAGCGAAACGCAUCAGGCACAAAUAACAGACAGAAAACAUUAAAGGAAAUGAGCCGACAUGAACGAUCGCGUGUUUAAUUUGUUUUUGAGGUGGUGACACCUGAUUUGGCGGUGCUCAGGACGCAGAUGUCUGGAGCACAUCAACGAUCAGAGCUUUGCAUGCGCAAACUGGUUAAGAUUAGGAUGGGGGUGAGGGGAAGGUAAAAUUGCAAGAGGGAAAAGGUCACAGUUUGGUUAAAUGUCCGUUUUACCGCCGGUGUCGGUACAGACUCUCUGGCACAGCGCGUCGUCUCCACCUCCCGACGCAGGGGCUCAUGACCUGCUGUCUUUUCCGAGGACUGCAUCUUGUCAGUCAUUAUCACGUGACAGCGACUAGUCGAUGACAGGCAUAAAAAGUCACUACAGAGCCGUGAAGUCGACUAGUCGACUAGUUCAUACAACCCCUACAAUGUCGUAAAUAAUGGAUGUGCUUCACUACUCUGCUGUUUUUGGUGAAUAUAUGUUGGGCUUUAGCCUUUUACUGACCUCUGUGGGGUUAGUCCAGUAUGCAAUAAAUAUUCAGGGUAGACGCUGUGUCUAGGAUAUGUUUAUGAUUGGCUUAAAGCAGACCGCUGGAGUGGAGGAGACAAGGAAGGGGGGUACGCCUCCCCCUGCUGAAUAAUGACUACAAGAGAGGAAUGAGGUAAUGCCGGAAGGACCUAAGCAAGAGACGCUGGGAGGAGUCACAAAGGCCGGCAGAGUGCUUCCUGAGGCGGGAGUUGUCAUGGAGACGAAGAGGAGACCAGAAGGAGGGGGAAGUGAAGAAAUAAAAAGGGGGGCCCAGGAGGAGUUGGGGUUCGGGUUCGAGUUGAGUUCUGGAAGAGUUCUGUACGAGUUUGGCGGAGCUCGGUGGUUUUUGACCAGCUGUGUCGGGGUGAUUGUCUGGAUUAAUUUUCUUUUUUUCAUCAUAUUAAAUAAAAACCUUGGUUCCUUAUUGUAUGGAACUUAAAAAGGAUUUUCAGUGCCUGGGGUCUCCGGUUGGUGACUUGUAACCAAAAAGGUGAGAUGCUGGUUACUUGUUAUCCCACUCCAAGAGGUUUAGAGUCGUUAACCUGAGCAAUACAUAAGCUGCAGGUGACUAAGGUGUGUUUGGGUUUGAACAGAGUCUUCCUUUGAGCUGCAAGCAGUGCGUUUGCCGGGAUCAGAGUCUAGGUUAAUGGUGAUCGCUGAUUAGCUCCUAUAGUGUGCAGGCAGUCUUAGAGAGCGACUGAAUAUCACGCCCACGCAUAAAUAGAAAUACAAGACAACCCUGAGACGUAACGUCUGUUAAAGAGUCAGCUAGUUUGGGAAGAUGGCUUGUAACAUGGCGCCCUUAACGUGGGGUGGUGAUUUUACAGUUGUGAUGAAAAAAGCCUGUUAGUGAGCUUAGAAAGUCCGGAACUGGGAAAUUCUCCGCAAGGGCGGACAAUUGUCCAUAAGGAGCCGGCUAUAUUGGUCAAGGGGCCGCUUAGGGAAACCUAUGAGCUCUGAUUCUGAAGUCUAGUAGCUGGAAAUGUUUGGGACCUCCUAAUCUGAUUGAAUCGUUUCUGUGGGAAUACGUUCCCUCCACCAAGUGCACACGGCACGAGGAGGCUUUGUGGGAGCCUCGUGAAAGAUUCUCACACGCAGGAAAGUGAGUGGCCUCGUAAAAGAAUCUCUCAAAACAGAAUUAAAUCGCAGGUUGAAAUUCCUGACCUCGUGGACGGAAUCCGAGGCAGAGCCGCUAAGUUGUUGCCGGUGUGUGUGCACGCACACCCUGUCUUUAAAGGACAACGAUUUUGAUGCGGGUGAUCUUUAUGAGUAAAGGUACUCGUGUAACUGAAGGAAAUUUAGGGAUGGCUGCAGUAAGCGAAUAUGGUUCCGAGGAGGAGGAACGCGGUGAGAGAAUGGCUGAUAUCGAGGGCUUGUGGGCUCAUGAUGACCCAGCUAGAGUGCGAGCGAUACUUUCUGGAAAGGCCCAGAACGGGACAAGUUUCUCCCAUGGGAGAGGGAACUUGCAGCUUGGCAUAAAUAUUUGUUUCCAAUUUUGUGCUUAGCUGAUGGCCAACCUGUGUUACUGUACACAAAGGAACCAGAGCUUUGGAAUUUCACAUCCACUCACAUGAUUCCAGGUAAGGCUCUGACGUCCAGAAAUGAGAAAUGGGAUGCAAUGUUGCUCGAUACCACAAUUUCACUGAUCCCCGAGGGUUCUGAUGUAAAACCUAAGAAAAGGAAGGAGAUUGAACCUCCUAGAGACCCGGAGAAGGGCAUCACCUACUACACAGACGGGUCAAAAACCCAGGAUGACGUUAUGGCAUUCUGGGCAUGGACUAAAUAUGUACAUAACAAAAGACCUCUCAGAGAAAAGGGAGGAUUGCAGGUUCUGCUCAGAAGGCGGAGCUUACGGCUGUGUUAGAGGCGAUGGUGCACCAUGUGAGGACACAUGGAAAAUCCCCUGCGCUGAUCAUUACUGACAGCGAGUGGGUGUGUAAGGGGGGUGAACAAUGAACUACCCAUGUGGGGAGAAGCAUGGAAUGACCAAGGGUCAGACUGGAGGACCUGUGAAGUUUACAGACGAGUGGGCUCUGGUUGCUAACUGUCUGAGAAAAGGUAACUUCCAGGUUCGACACCAGCCGGCUCACACGUUGAGUGACACCUCUGCUGUCAGAGGAAAUGCUGAGGUGGACAAACUGGUUCAGGCCAGGAUGGUGAGAUUGGUUUUGCAUGACAGCACAGUCUGACCAUGACCUGGUGAAGAAGUUACAUGAGACUCUGGGACACCAUGGCUUUCAGAGGCUGAAGAAGUGGUGCUUGCAGAAUGCAGUUUGCAUUCCCCAUUUGGACUCUGUGCUGAGAGACAUUAAAUCACGCUGUGCUCUAUGCUUGGAGCUGGGCAAACAACGCACAGAGAAAGUGGUCGGUGACCGCAUUGGCCCGGAAGGUUUGACCUCUGUCUCAUGUGACAUUGGAGAGCUAAAGAGAACGCGAAGGGGCAAUAAGUAUUUCCUAGUGGUCAAUAGAAACAGGGGGGAAAAUGUAGGAGGUAUGUUUCCUUUGUCCAAUAUGACAGCAGGAAAGAUUGCGGAAUGUCUAGCGAGAAUCCUGGUGUGUUAUCCACAGAUCAAAGCUAUCAGGAUGGAUAAUGCACCACAUUUCAAAAAUAAAGUUGUUCUGGAGCUGCUGGAGAAUGAAGGACUAAUAAUCCAGUGGUCCAUUCUUUACAAGCCACAUACAAACGGAGUGGCUGAGAGAGCAGUUUGCACCGUUAAAGAGGCGAUAAAAACUUUGAACUUGAAGGAAUGGGAUUCUCCAGGAGCAGUUCUGGCUAUUAAUAAGGCUCUGUUAGAACAGCCUUUGAGACAAGAAACUGCUAAAGACACACUCUCUGUCUCUCCACAGGGAGAACAAGAGAGGAGCUUCCUGCAUAAAAGACCCCAAGAUGGGAAAAUUGAAAAGAUUGAGGGGAGCCAGGAAGGAAACACAACCAGAUGUGCAACCCCUAACCAAAGAACAGUCUGGCUUGGAGACUGUAAGAAAAUGGGUCCCACAAAAUGAAUGUGGAAUUGCAUUCCCAAUAUGGCUGCUGAGUGCAUCGAGUUCAGGAGGAAUUACAUUAGGUAAAGUUAAAGGGCAAAGUUGUAAUGAGGAAUGCUUCAGCUGGUCAGUUUAUAGACCUGGAGCAUGCGCAAACUGUGGUGAGGAGGUUGCUGAAAUAAAAUGGGAAGGCCCGAGAAGGCGUUACUUUAAAGCUGCUCCAUUCUUCUCAGACCGUUGUUCAGUUUGAACUUCAGCACAUCACGCCCGCACCAUACUUAGACCUCUGAAUGCUGCCUUAUUGGCAUUCGUGUUAACGCGCAGUUGAAAGGGUGGACCUGAUAAAGUGGUCUGCGGGUGUGUAUUAUUUAUGUAUAUAAAAGCUUCCUGUCUGGCUUGUGUUUCUUAACAACAGCAGGAUCUUCUAGACGAUCACAGCAUGGUGCAUGCAGCCAUGACCUAGUAAGGUUUGUGACCCAUUGAAAGAUUUAUGUUACUACAUUAAAUAUGACUCUUUUUAAUAAAGUGUUACAUUUUGAAUUAGGACUCCAGUGACUGGACUAAAGUUGACCCAGAAGUCAAAAAGCUGAAUGAGAUCCAAACCCACAGGUGAUGAUCCCAUGUUAAUACGGCCUUGCUAUUGGCUUAUUGGGGCAACAGUAAACACAUCCUACAGGUGUUCACUAAGGUGUAGCUACAGUACAUGUGAAUCAAUUAAAGUGAAUGAAAAUCUAAACCUACAUCAAGUGCCGGACAAACACCAAAUGUUUUUCUCUUCCUUUUGUAGCCUGCAGUCAGACAGAGGACGCUUUGAAUGCAGCCUCUCAUCACUGCGUUGGGUUUGCAAGGACCCAAUCAGCUUUGAGUACCAGUUUGACUCAUGGGAGCGACAUAGAGAAAGGCUUGCCUGCAUGGAUUACAUACCCGCUGGACCCCUGAUGGACAUUUCAGUCACAUCUGGAAACAUGGACGAGGUUUAUCUGCCUCAUUGGAUUGGUGCGUUAUCUCACUAAAACGUUCAGACAUGCCCGAUAAAUAACAGCCAAUGCUCAUGCUGUUUGGCCUUCUGUAUUGUUGGAUUUCCAUUAGAUACUGAAUCAACAAGUCCAGACAUGUUUGCAGUUCUGCAUAAGGACUCCUGCGGAGAGUCAGUUGAAAAUGUGCCAGAAGUGACUUCUGCCCAUGUGAAGCUAGCCCAACCAACCUUCUCCCCUAAGGGGGUGAUCUUUCGGAUAAGGCUCGGCUUACCGGUGAAAGUUCACCACGAUGUUUUAAUUUUCAAGACCAAACAGGAGUUCCUCACACUACAUGUUUACCUCGUUCCACCCGAUCCUGAUCUGCAGCAGAAAGUGGAGAGAAAUGAGUCAUCUUUUGGAUCACUGAUGAUCCCAAAGCCAAGUCCAGACAGGUCUCUGUAAAUGCUGGACCAUUUUGUCUUGGCAACAGACACAGACGAUGCUGAAAUUCAACCAGAU